CUUCACGUGAAGUGUUCACAUUUUUAGACCAGCUGUCAAAAUUUUCUUUUAAAAUAUUAGUUUUUCACGUGCUAUUGGCAAGUGAACAUUGUCGUUGAUAAGAGGAAGAGUAGAAAUGUUGGACAGACUCCGAAGAUCCCAGAUAAGACUGGACUCCGCCGCACCCAUUGUAAACCGAACCACCACGAUGCGAAGAACACGUCGAUUGAGCUUUAAUAUUGAAGCUAAUGGCUUUGUGGCGCCAAGGACUCGAAGAAGACGAAGAAGGGAUCCAUACUUUAUAACUUAUCCUCCUAUGUUUGACCCCUUGCAGAUGGGACACCAAUGGGGAUUCGAUUUCCGCAGCAACGAAUUGCCCUAUGUUUAUGGACAUUUAUUUGAGCCCCCUAACCGCUUAGAUGCCGGUGAAAAAUAUGAAUGUGAUACUGUAAGCUUUCUUACGCCUGAAGAAACGUGCGAUACAACUAAUCCGCGGGUUAUUCAUGAGCUUGGGGAUGUUUUAUCGGGAUUAGACAGCUUAUUGCUAGACAAAAAGGUCAAAGUACUGGAAGAACAUCAAGAAAAGUCGAAUACCACCGAGAAUAAUGAAGAUCAAACAUCUAGUUCUCAAGCAAGCCAUCUUUCAGAUCGAACCGAUGUUAUGUGUGAAACAAUUGACCGGAUAAACAACUACAUAGGAACUUAUUUGAAGAAGGAGGUGCAGGUUUGCCUAAAUCAAAUAAAUCACUUGCGGGGAAAACUAGCAACGGUCCAGGUGUUGCAGCUGCCUGUGCAGCCGCUGAUUGUUCAGUCGUUUCCACCGUAUCCUUCUUUCGAUAGCUAUCCCCUACAGGAAAAUGUUCUCCAAAAUAAAUCUCAUCUCGAACGUUUGCCUUGGUUGAAGGAGCGAAAACGUAAACGACUGUCAAAGUCCACUACCUACGUGCACAUGCAGAAUCAAGGAAGUAGUACCGAGGAUCUGCCAAAGAUCUUGGAGGCAUCAAGAAGAAAUAAACUCACAGAAAUCCUAAAUACAUCCAAAAAGGAUGCCGGUACCACCAUGUGGUGUCCGAGGGAAUGCUGUGGAGAACAUUGUUGUGCGCGGGAGCAGGAAGUCUAUUACUCAGGGCAAGAAAAUACAGAUUUUGCAAAUUCCCUGAACUCAGAUGAAGGUUUUCCUUCUCCAUGUAUCAAGGCCCCACCACCAAGUAUUAUAUCAGACGAAGAAGUGUACGAUCACGAGGAGUAUUACCAUCCUAAGGGAGAAUCCACUUACCUACCUGGUUCCCCUCGAACAUCAAGUUAUAGAUCUAGCUGCGAUUAUCGCCAAGAAGGCGGAAACCUUACCUAUUCCUAUAUGGAGGAAGAGGAGCAGGUGGAUGAUGAUGACUGGUAUCGAAGUGCUAGCAAUAAGCUAGCUGAGUUGGAAGAGGAGCAGGACUACUAUAAGGAAUCGGAAAAGAAAAUGCUAAAGCACCUUGACCCCAACAGUGAAAAUAGUUGUGUAAAUAUCAUAGCCACUAGCGAUAUGGCGGUCAGCACUACGGAACUCAAUGCGGAAACUCACCGGACACCGAUUGUGAGGAUCUGCAAAACGUCCUCCUUAAAACAGCAAAAUAAUCUUAGAGAUGGAAACCAGAAGGGAUCUUCUCCAGGAAUCCAUAAAGUUAUGUUUGAAAAUGUCCAAUGCAACAAAGCAGUGCAGGUCCAACCAAACUGCAUAUCGACGGGAACGGAUCCAAUAAGGAAAGUAUCUAUUUCCACAAUAUCCAAGGUCAAGGAGAAUUCAAAGCACCUAAUAAAGCCCAAAGACAGGAUCUAUCAAUCUAUAAACAUAAAAAGGCGCCACCAAGAGGAAUAAAUAAUAUAGGAACAUAAGGA